CCAUUUUUUUUUAGUGAAUAUAGUCGGAAGAAAUAUAAGCCAUUCGUUGCAAUAGUACGUGAAGGGCUCAAUCGACUGAAAAUCAAGGAUAAGCCCGAGGACCUGCAAGUAACAUGUACUGAUAACAAUGAUGAUGUCGCUGUGAUACUUGAAAGAAAAUCUGAGAGCACUCUGACCAGUGCAGCGAAACCGUCAAAAAUAAUGUCGUCAUUCAUUUUGAUUUGGCUCUACUUCACUCAUUUGUUCUGUUUUCCUUCAUGUGACUUCUAUACUCAGGCUACUUCGUCAUUUGCCCAUACUGCUCCCAGAGGGAUAGGCAAUGUGCCAACUUUUGCUGUGCAGCCGCGAUCCUCGACCGUCACAUUUGAGCAGUUAGGUGGAUGCGAUCGCCAGUUUCUGGAAGUUUGCCGCCUCGCUAUGCACAUGAAACGUCCACACACCUACAAUAUGCUUGGACUCGAACCACCGAAAGGAUUUCUUGUUCAUGGGCCGCCUGGAUGUGGAAAAACACUCUUCGCUCAGGCGGUGGCAGGGCAAUUCGAUCUACCAAUGAUACAACUUGCCGCGACGGAACUGGUCUCGGGUGUGUCUGGCGAUACUGAGGAGAAGAUUCGUCAGUUGUUCGUCAUUGCUAAGCAGAACGCACCUUGUGUUUUGAUCCUUGACGAUAUCGAUGCAAUAGCACCAAGACGUGAAACGGCUACUCGAGAAAUGGAGCGCAGGAUAGUUAGCCAGUUGAGCUGUUCAUUAGACGGUACUUUUACCAAUUACAGUAUUUUAUGCGGACAUGUUCUUGUGAUUGGAACAACAAGUCGUCCCGAUGCUGUGGAUGGUGGCCUGCGUAGGGCUGGUCGAUUUGAUUGUGAAAUUUCGCUAGGCAUUCCAGAUGAGCAGGCACGACAAAAAAUUCUUCACACAGUUUGCAAACUUCCUCUUGAUGAAGACGUUGACAUGAAAAUGGUAGCCAGAAUAACUCCCGGCUAUGUUGGUGCUGACUUAAAUGCUUUAGUCAGGGAAGCGGCGAAGUGUGCGAUCAACAGGAUAUUUGAUACAAUUGUGAACCAUAAUUCUUCGAAGCGCCAAAUGACCAAUGAGGAGAUCAAGGAGGAAUUGGAUAAAGUGUUGAUUUGGUUACAAGCAGAUGACGAUCCGAGUGUAGUGGAGAAGUUGGGAGGAUUCCGCGUAAAAAUGUCGGACUUUGAACGGGCUCUGGAAAAUGUUCAACCUUCCGCAAAGAGAGAAGGUUUCGCUACAGUACCUGACGUCUCUUGGCAGGAUAUAGGAGCUCUAAACGAUAUUCGACAAGAACUAGAAUGGAACAUUUUGUUCCCGGUGAAACGGCCUGAGGACUUUGCGCUACUCGGCAUCACUGCCAAACCUCAAGGCAUUCUGUUGUGUGGUCCACCUGGUUGCGGAAAGACGCUAUUAGCGAAGGCUGUAGCAAACGAGACUGGCAUGAACUUCAUUAGUGUAAAAGGUCCCGAACUUCUCAAUAUGUAUGUUGGAGAAAGCGAACGUGCUGUUCGGACAGUGUUUCAACGGGCCCGAGAUUCGUCACCAUGCGUUAUAUUUUUCGACGAAAUUGAUGCUCUAUGUCCGAAGAGGUCUCAGAACGAGACUUCUGGUGGAUCGCGUUUGGUCAAUCAGUUAUUAACCGAGAUGGACGGUGUCGAGGUUCGAAAACAGGUUUUCCUUAUUGGCGCAACUAAUAGGCCUGACAUUGUUGAUCCUGCUAUUUUACGUCCGGGUCGUCUUGACAAGAUCCUUUUUGUGGACUUCCCGUCUCCUAGUGAUCGUGCUGACAUUCUGAGGAAAACUACGAAGAACGGCACCCAUCCAAAGUUGAGCCCUGAUGUAGAUUUCGACAAAUUGUCACGCCUACCAGAUUUGGACGGAUUCACCGGUGCUGAUUUGGCUGCACUUGUCCAUGAAGCGUCCAUUGUUGCGUUGAAGGCUCGGCUUUUCGGAAACGACCACCAUGUGGACGCAGUGGCAAUGGAGCAUUUUCUCAAGGCACUGACGAACAUUCGGCCCUCCGUGACAGAAGCUGAUCGGAAGAAAUACAUGAGGAUGAAAGAAAUUUAUGGACAUCUUCGUCCACCAUAUGCAUAG